AGGGCAACAUUCUAUUGGUCGGUGGUCUUUUCAAUUAAAUUUGAAGACCAUUGAGCUCUUUUCCUUUUUCUUUGUCUUCUUCAUUUCGAACAAUUUUUUCGAAUGAGUUCCAUUUUCUCGCAUGGAAACGAAACAGUAGUUUCAGUAUCUGAUGGUGAAAUUAGAAAUGUGGCAUAUGCGUUUGAUUAUAGACAACCUCUACUUCUAAUUCAUCUACUCUACACUGUUCCAUCAUUUAUAGCAUAUCAUAAAUGCCGCACGUUUUUGACGAAGGAAAGCGUCACUAGCAGCUAUUUCAAUGUGAUUUUCACAAAUGAUUUCUAUAUUAAUGUUGCACUUUUUAUAAUCGACUUUCUAUUUACACGUCUUCCAAUUUCUGGUCUUUUUGAAAAUCUUCCUUCAUACAUCCCAGAAGGAAUACCUAUGACUAUAAUCUACUUUCUCUCGUAUUACUUGAUCUAUGUGAACUUUUAUUCAAUAACAUUAAUAUGCAUCAAUCGAAUGACUUCUGUACUUUUCCCGUAUUACUGUAAUUCGUUUUGGCAAAAGAACGUCCGCAGUGCAAUCGCACUUGUCUACAUUCUUCCAUUAAUUACUACAUGGCACUUAGUCACCUAUGACGCUUAUUUCUUACCACUAUACGAAAAUCGAUCCAAUUAUCAAAUGGUAUACAGAGUGAAACUGUUGAUAGGAUUUUUGCCUAGAAACAGUACGGCGCUGUGUUUUGUGUCGAUUCUUCUCGCCGUAAUAUGUGUUGCAGCGAAUUUCACAACAAUUGUUAAGUACAAAACGACAAUUCAAACAGUAAAAACGGCUAGUGGUACUCAGAACGAAUUUCAUCGAAAAAGAACACGACGAGUAGAAAUUGCAAUGUUUUCUAUAGCGUUAGUGGUAUGUUUUUCACUGGUACUGCAGGCUUUAUUACAGGCUCUGAUAAUGAUCUACACUGGUACUUCGUCAUUCAUUCGUGAAACAUGUCAAGAUCUACGUGCAUUCGCACUGGAUAUUUCCAUAUGUUGCCCACCUUGGAUAAUGUAUUACACUACAGUACACUCGCAUAAGACUACAAUAACAAGUAAUUCCAUAUCCGGAGUUGGUAUUCCAACACGAUCAAAUGUUGUUGUAAUGAAAUAAAGCAAUUUGAAACAACUCACA